AUGCAGUUCAAUGCCACCGAUACGUAUCCGGUAACUGUGGAUAUUGUCCGACAACUUGUUCCAUCUCGAUCCUUUCCCACUCAAUCCAAUCGCUUUAUAAAUUCGUUGGAUUUUGACGACUCUGGAAAGUUUUUGUUGUCUGCGGGGGAUGAUGACCAGUUGAUGUUGUACAACAUUAUGACCGGGGAUUUCUUUCGAGCUGUAAGUGUUUGAUUUCUUUCUUUGAAUUUAGAACAAGGAUUUGAGAAAUUCAACGAGUUUUCGAUUUCUCUCUCAAACUUGAGGGUCAAGUGUAAUAUCGCUUGCGGCCUCAGAAUUAAGUCCUUUUUAUAAUGCAAGUAAUAGCUAGAUUACAACUUUAUUUAGCUUAUAAUAACCUUCGUUUGAAAUGCACGGCGAUUUUGCUACAAUUUUAUAUUAUUUUAGAUAACAAGCAAGAAGUAUGGAUGUUCUUGUGCCAGGUACCUUCAUUCCGAUCAGCAUGUUGUUCAUGCUUCCACGAAGCGAGAUGGUAAGCCUGUUAAUUUUUUUGCAUUGUUUUUUUUUAGAUACAAUCCGGCUGCUUUCACUUUACGAUCAAAAGUACAUCAGAUAUUUCCAAGGCCACAAAGAAACGUAAGAUUCUUGUCAUUUUCACCUCGCUUUUGAGUUUCCAGAUAACAUAACGUAUUUUACCUUUCAGAGUGACUGGUCUUUCCGUCUCACCAAUUGACGACAUGUUUAUCACGUCUUCUAAAGAUCGUACGAUCCGAUUUUGGGAUGCGAAACAAGAAGUGUGCGCGGUAAGAGUUUUAAUAAAUUUUUUCGGUUAUUAGGAGAUUCAGUAUGACACGGUUGGCAUUUUAGGGUGUCAUGAACCUGCCAGAAGCCGGAGCCGUGGCUUUUGACCCGGAAGGAUUGGUUAUUGCAGUUGCUAUUGGUUCCGAGCAGAUCCGUUUGUACGACAAGCGUUCGUACGAGAAUGUAGGUGAACUUAUUGUCUUGGAAUUGAUAGAGUAGUUGGUGUGUGGACUUUCCUCACUUUGCGAACAAUUUUUGACAAAUUUCCGCCGCUUUAUGACCAAGCGUUGACUUUAUAUUACUUUAGGGUCCAUUCAUCUCGUUUGAUCUCGGCGUCAUCAAAGAUACCCAAUGGACGAACAUCAAAUUCUCGGAAGAUGGAAAGUCAAUUUUAAUCAUGACCUCUGGCAAUUAUCAUCGACUUAUUGACGCGUUCAAUGGGGGUAUCACUCAUUCCUUGACUGGCCACACCAAUCAUAGUGGAGCUGUUCUGGAUGCCUGUUUUUCGCCAGAUUCUCAAUUUAUUUUUUGUGGUGGGACUGAUGGAAGGAUUACCGUUUGGAGCAGAGAAGAUGGCACGAUUGUUCAUCAAUUUAAUUCGGAUCAAAGAGAUCCAGUCCUGCAUUGUUUAUAUAAUCCAUUCUAUCAUAUUAUGGCCUCUGCUGGCCUGAGCACGGUAAGUUUUAGGGUUAAAGCCGUUGAAUUUUGCAAUAGUAGGGGUUUUCCGGAGGUUUGAAAAGAAUUUUUAUAUUCUCCAUGAAAUUUCAACCUAAAGUAAUAUAAAUUUGCUCAUAAUUUUGGUGGAUUUGUGUAAAUGAAUGUCUUUUCAGAAAUUAUGGACCCUCCAAUGA